GGCCUUUUAACCCCCAAGAUUCACCAUAGAUUGGAAGCAUAAUGGCACAAGACGCCGCGGGUAGAAUUUCAAAACAAAGUCCUCAUCCGUAUCUGGCGGGAAACUUUGCUCCCGUAUACACCACACAUCCAUUGACACCAUGUACUUACACGGGAGAGAUACCAGCAUCUCUUGCUGGCGGACAAUACAUCCGGAAUGGAUCGAAUCCCCUGCUCAAUGAUGAGCAGGAUCGUAUGUACCAUUGGUUCGAUGGCGAUGGGAUGCUCGCGGGAGUCUUAUUCCGCAAAGUCGAAGGCGGAAUACAACCGCAGUUCGUCAACAGCUGGGUUGAGACUGACAUCUUGAAAGCGAACCGGAAACUUGGCGCUUCUGGUUCCAAAAUGUUGGGGUGGCCUUGGAGAAUUACGAGGCCGAUACCUCCAAGUAUUUCCACACUUGUUGAUCCCACUGCAGGGCCGUCAGCUGUUGGCAAGGAGAUUCUGAGAACGGUAUUGAUUCGGUUCGUCUCCCAUCUCCCCUGGUCAAAGGCCAAGAUACGAAGGAUCAGCGUCGCCAAUACCGCCAUGCUAUAUCACGAUGGACGAGCUUUGGCGACUUGCGAAGCUGGACCGCCAAUAAGGGUUGGUCUUCCCGGACUUGAGACAAUCGGGUGGUUCAAUGGUGCCUUCGCGGAAGGAGAAGAGAGUAGGAAACAUGACAAUGGUUUGCCACAAUUCGCUGGCAGCUUGCAGAUAACGACGGCGCAUCCGAAAGUGGAUGAAGAAACCGGGGAGAUGAUCCUCUUCCACAACAUUUCCAACGCCCCAUACGUUCGGUACUCUGUCUUGCCGUCAUUAGAGACACUGACAGCAAAUCCUCGACGCAUCACCGAAGCUCCCGUUCUCGGGAUGUCCACCUCCAGAUUGAUGCACGACUUCGGUGUGUCCAAGAGGCAUACUGUGAUUCUCAACAUCCCUUUGUCGGUAACGCCUUCAAACCUUGCGCGAGGCAAACCGAUGGUUCAGUACAACCCGAGAGAACCCUCUCGUUUCGGUGUGCUUCCGAGGCACGAUCCAGACAAAAUCGUUUGGUUUGAAGAUGACCCUUGCAUCAUAACACAUACAGCCAGCACAUGGGACGAAUAUGAUGCGGAUGGGAACUCGACUGCAGUCUGCAUGCUAUUAUGUCGAUUGAUCGCCCCAGACAUUAUCUACCAAGCAGGGAAUCUUGAGCCACCUCCAAUCCUGUCGACCCAUGAACAUUGGCGGCCUCCGGGCACUGGACACGGCGACGGAAGUGAGACAUCCGACGGGUCAUCUUCAAGAACGGAAGAGAGUCAUAUUUGUCGCCUUCAUUACUAUAGAUUCCCGCUGAACUCAGGCAACUCACCACGCCGGCCAUCGCAUUCAUUCCCCCUCUCGGCGGUUGAUAUGGAAUUUCCCACUGUUGCCCCAGGUAAAAGCAUGCAGAAUGCUCGCUUCGUCUAUGGCUGCAGUUCCAGGUCGACGCAGGUGAACUCGGCGGAUGGAUCACUCGUGAAGAUCGACAUCAUUACGAAGAUGCACGCUGGGGAGCUUGUUCGACGAGGUCGAGAAUCAUCACCAAGAACUCGUCGCCCUGUGGACACUCGUUUAGUAGGCGACGUCUCUUUGACUGACGGCAAUGACAAUUCCCAUGUACAGCUUUUCGCCCUUCCGCCGGGGAUUUACGCAGGAGAACCCCGCUUUGUACCCGAUGGCGGCGCCAAUGAGGACAGGGGCCACCUGCUAUUCUUCACAUUUGAUGAGGAACAGCUACUUCCAACAGGAGAUGCUCCGAGAGGUGCAGCCAGUGAGUUGUGGAUCCUCGACGCAACAGAAAUGAAGGACGUUGUCGCAAAGAUUCAGCUAGUACAGCGAGUUCCGUAUGGUUUGCAUGGUGAAUGGUUCACUGAGGAGCAAAUCCGUGGGCAGCGGAGCCGGGCAUCAAAGCACAUCUAG